CCAGUGCAAGCAGCAGGUGAUCGUCAGAGGUCAAAGCUCCCAUCGACCUCGAAAAGUGGCCCCUCCUCGGCACGACGCGUCUUGCUUCACCUCGCGCCGCACCACAAACAUCAACACUUCACUUCAUGGGCAGGUCGUAAACUGGUCAUGUGCGGCAUCUUCUGCUCCAUCAGCAGGCACAAGCAUAUCCAGCCACCCGCAUCUAUUCAGACACUGCUUCAAGCUCGAGGACCAGAUGCCUCAGACACGCUGCUACUGGAGUGUUGUUGCAGUGAGCCUGGAGACGAAACGACAUACGUGACAUGUCACUCAACUGUGCUGUCCCUACGCGGAUCCGUCACUACACAGCAGCCUUACCAAGGAGGCGACAAGACAAGAACGCUCUGCUGGAACGGUGAGGCCUGGGCAAUUCGUGGCCAUCGACCAGACGGUAAUGACACAGCCAGCGUGUACGAUCUUCUGAACGACGCCGUUUCCCAGGACUUGCCUCGUAUGGACUGCCGCGGAGAAUCGCUGGCCGCUGCUCAGAAUGUCUCGCAAGCAUUUUCACAGGUUGCUGGCCCUUACGCAUUCGUCUUCCUGGAUCAGUCUGCUUCGAAAGUCUGGCUUGGUCGAGACUUCCUGGGCAGGCGCUCACUACUCUACCGCAUCACCAAUGAUGGCGCUAUACUGCUGAGCAGUGUCACUGAUGGCUCCGCGGCUGCAAGCUGGACUGAGGUCGAAGCCGAUGGUGUGUAUUGCAUUGACCUCUCACAACGAGCAUACAGCCGGGACACCAACGCUUCCGACUUGCAACGAUGGGGUGAUUUCUUCGUCACGAAAGUGCCGUCCGCUUACAACGACAUUGAACGUCAGGCCGAUUCUGUUCUUCCAAGACUUUCGCUCUGCAGGGAUGUGUCGUCUCCUACUGCACCCCUCGGCGUGCAUUCGGUCGCUGUCACGCGGCUGGAGAGGCUUUUGCGUGAAUCACUGAUUCCAAGAGUGCUAGACAUACCAGAACCGCCGGGCUGUUCAAGCCUGCGGCCAAGGUCGAAGCUUGCAAUACUAUUCUCCGGCGGACUGGACUGUACUGUCCUCGCGAGGCUGAGCCAUGAGUCACUGCCCUCGUCAGAGCCUAUUGACCUUCUGAACGUGGCAUUCCAGAAUCCUCGUGUGCAUAAGGACAAAGGAGAUGCCGCCUACGAACUGUGCCCAGAUCGUAUUACCGGACGAGCAUCCCACGCUGAACUGCAAGAAGUGUGCUCGGGUCGUAAGUGGCGCUUCGUAGCCAUCGACAUCCCGUAUGCGGAAACGCAGGAGCAUCGACAGCAUGUUAUCGAUCUCAUGCAUCCGCACAACACCGAGAUGGACUUGAGCAUAGCAUUUGCGCUGUACUUUGCGGCACGAGGGAGUGGGAAGCUUGACGGGGAUGGAAGUGCUGAGGCUCUCACAUACACCACCUCAGCUCGAGUACUGCUGUCCGGACUUGGCGCCGAUGAGCUUUUUGCGGGCUACACCAGACAUGCCACUGCGUAUAAUCGACAUGGCCUCGACGGUUUGCUGGACGAACUGGAUCUUGACAUCGGCAGGCUUGGCAGGCGCAAUCUCGGACGCGAUGACAGAGUCAUCAGUCACUGGAGCCGAGAAGUCCGCUUCCCAUUUCUCGAUGAGAAGCUUGUAGGUUGGGCGGUGACUGCGCCGGUGACCGACAAAUGCGAUUUCGGGGCGAAAUUAGACCUGGGUAAUGAUGAGGCAGCAGACGACUCGUGUUCCUCCAUAGAGCCAGGCAAGAAGGUGCUUCGCUGUCUGGCGUGGAAGCUGGGCAUGAUCAAAGUCGCAAAGGAGAAGAAGCGCGCGAUACAGUUCGGCGCCCGGACAGCGAAGAUGGAAACGGGCAGGUCAAAAGGUACGACGUUACUGUCAUGA